GGCCGGCCGGGGGCGGCGCCCCGAGCCCGGGCCCCGCGCGGCCCGCGCCCCCGGCCCCCGCUGAGCCCCGGGGCCCCGCCACGGCCGAGGCCAUGUUCCCCGUGUUCCCCUGCACGCUGCUGGCCCCCCCCUUCCCCGUGCUGGGCCUGGACUCCCGGGGGGUGGGCGGCCUCAUGAACUCCUUCCCGCCACCUCAGGGUCACGCCCAGAACCCCCUGCAGGUCGGGGCUGAGCUCCAGUCCCGCUUCUUUGCCUCCCAGGGCUGCGCCCAGAGUCCAUUCCAGGCCGCGCCGGCGCCCCCGCCCACGCCGCAGGCCCCGGCCGCCGAGGCCCUCCAGGUGGACCUGCUCCCGGUGCUCGCCGCCGCCCAGGAGUCCGCCGCCGCGGCCGCCGCCGCCGCCGCCGCCGCCGCCGUGGUCACCGCGCCCCCGGCCGCCGCCGCCGCCUCCACGGUGGACACAGCGGCUCUGAAGCAGCCCCCGGCGCCGCCGCCGCCGCCCCCGCCCGUGUCGGCGCCCGCGGCCGAGGCCGCGCCCCCCGCCGCCGCCGCCACCAUCGCCGCCGCCGCCACCGCCGUCGUCGCCCCCACUUCGACCGUGUCCGUGGCCCCCGUCGCGUCCGCCUUGGAGAAGAAGACAAAGAGCAAGGGGCCCUACAUCUGCGCUCUGUGCGCCAAGGAGUUCAAGAACGGCUACAACCUCCGCCGGCACGAGGCCAUCCACACGGGCGCCAAGGCCGGCCGCGUCCCCGCGGGCGCCAUGAAGAUGCCCACCAUGGUGCCCCUGAGCCUGCUGAGCGUGCCCCAGCUGAGCGGCGCCGGCGGCGGCGGGCCCGAGGCCGGCACGGGCGGCGGCGCGGCCGCGGUGGCCGCCGGCGGCGUGGUGACCACCACGGCCUCGGGCAAGCGCAUCCGCAAGAACCACGCCUGCGAGAUGUGCGGCAAGGCCUUCCGCGACGUGUACCACCUGAACCGGCACAAGCUGUCGCACUCGGACGAGAAGCCCUACCAGUGCCCGGUGUGCCAGCAGCGCUUCAAGCGCAAGGACCGCAUGAGCUACCACGUGCGCUCACAUGACGGCGCUGUGCACAAGCCCUACAACUGCUCCCACUGUGGCAAGAGCUUCUCCCGGCCGGAUCACCUCAACAGUCACGUCAGACAAGUGCACUCGACAGAGCGGCCCUUCAAAUGUGAGAAAUGUGAGGCAGCUUUUGCUACGAAGGAUCGACUCCGGGCGCACACAGUACGACACGAAGAGAAGGUGCCAUGUCAUGUGUGUGGCAAGAUGCUGAGCUCCGCUUAUAUUUCGGACCACAUGAAGGUGCACAGCCAGGGCCCUCACCAUGUCUGUGAGCUCUGCAACAAAGGUACUGGUGAGGUUUGUCCCAUGGCAGCUGCGGCGGCGGCGGCAGCGGCGGCGGCUGCAGCAGCAGUGGCAGCCCCUCCUACAGCUGUGGGCUCUCUCUCUGGGGCAGAGGGGGUGCCUGUGAGCUCUCAGCCACUUCCCUCCCAGCCCUGGUGAGCUCAGUGUUGAUGGGUGAGAGGAGAGAAUGGAGGAAAGUCCCUUGGAACGGUCUCCCCUCUCCUCACUACUACACACCAACCAAGGAGCCUCCAGGAAGAAGAAACGUGUUCUUAGGGGAAUUCGCUAGGUUUUAACAAUGUUUCUCCUGCUCCUCUCUUCUCCCAGUCAAGAGCUGACCCUACAACACCUGUCCCCCUGGUUGUGUUGAAGUCCCCUGGACAGUGGGCAGGGGUGGCAGAGAACAGGAGUAGCCACUGCCCUCACCCCCUCUCCUCUCUGCAAUCCCCUGCCCUUCCCUCCCAGGGAUUUGUGAGCCUUCUCCCUCAUGGUCCUUGCUCUCCUCCCUUUAGCCUUCUCCCUCUACUGUCUGCUGCCCUUCCCUGGGGAGUUGGUGCUUUCUUUUUGUUGUUGUUUCCCCCCCAGGGGGAGGGACGUGAGGAAGGAGGGAAAUUGAAAGAUUCUGUCCCAGAGAGGGUAGGGGGAGAUCUGAGAAUGGGCAGAAGCAGGCAAGGCAAAGAUUGUACCUUCAGUAAGGUAGGGUUGUUGGGUUAGGCCCUAAACAUCGUUCUACUUGAGAACCCAUCAGGGGGGAAAAAAAAAAAUCAAGGGGAGCAAAAGGAGCCACUAAGGCCAGAGGCAGGAGAUGGACUCCUAGGGGGCCAGGGUAAAGGAGGGCAACCAGGGACUAGAGGUGCUUCCUGGGGGUGGGGGAAUGCAGCCACAGUGUCUCCCCCUUCCCUCUCCACCCCAGCUCCAGCCCUGGUCUUUUCUUUUCAUCCCUCUUCCCCAUGACUGAAGCCGUGGCCCUGGCCAUGUCAUCGUGUUCCUGUGUCCCCUGCAUGUUCCCCACCCUCCACUCCCUCCUUUUGCGCGGACCCCAUUACAAUAAAUUUUAAAUAAAAACUG